UUUCGUUAUCAUAGACAACUUGAGUUGUCGAGAGUCUCAAAAAGAUCGGCGGAUUGCCUGUAGAUUUCGGUGUGGAUUGAGAUGUCGGAUAUCGGCAGCGGUGACGAGGGGAUUUCUAGUCAGAAAUAUCAUGGUCAAGGCAUGGACGCGGGUGGAAACAAUUUUGACUCCGGUCAGCAGCAACAGGAACAGGAGCUGGCGACGAAGAUGCUUCAGAUCCAGUCUAAGCGGUUCUACCUCGACGUGAAGCAGAACCGGCGGGGGCGGUUCAUUAAAGUUGCGGAGAUCGGCGCCGACGGUCGUCGCAGCCAGAUAUUCCUGGCGAUGUCCACAGCGGCGGAGUUCCGGGACCACUUGUCCAGCUUUAGCGAUUACUACUCCUCAUUGGGUCCCCCCAAUCCAGACAACGUGCCAGACGACGGGAAACUCAAGUCAGAGAUGAUGCUCAAGGACAAUCGACGGUACUACCUGGAUUUAAAGGAGAACUCCCGCGGUCGGUUCCUGAGGGUCUCCCAGACGAUCACGCGCGGCGGGCCGCGCAGCCAGGUGGCGCUCCCGGCGCAGGGCAUGAUCGAGUUCCGGGACGCCUUGACCGACCUCCUGGACGACUUCGGCACUGAUGACGGCGGCUCUGAUUGCAGCUUCAAGGGCGAGCUGCCCGAGGGCCGGCACCUCCGCGUCGACAAUAAGAACUUCUACUUUGACAUCGGACAGAACAAUCGGGGGAUCUAUAUGAAAGUCAGCGAGGUGAAGAGCAACUUUCGCACAGCGAUCACUGUCCCAGAGAAAUGUUGGACGCGUUUCCGCGACAUACUCGCCGAUUACUGCGAGAAGAUGUGUCGCGCGCAACAGCAGGAGUUGCACCAGGAGUCCAUGGGCGGUUCGUCGUGCGCGCCGGGCGCGGGCUCCGGCGGGGCGCGGAUUUGAUGCUCCGGGCCGCAGUGAGCGCCGACAGCAUCCACACCACCGCGGUGGCGGGGACGCCUCUCAUUGGCGGACUGAGUCGCGCAGGCAGUAACGCGUUGCGCGUCACAAUUUCAACAUAAAAAACAGUCGACUUUUAUUUCAAAUUUCAAACGCGGAUUUAAAUUUGGAAUGUGCGGACGGAAAUGUAAUUUUUUAUAAUUAUUGCUGAUGGUUGAUUUGACUGGCAAGUGACUGCAGUUAAGAAAUAUAGGCGAGACACGGAACUAGUAUUAAAAAUGCAAAUUAACUUGCCUUUGUAAAUUUCUCUCUGCAGUCUGAACCGUUGAAUCACAAAUACUAUUAACAGUAACUGAGCAGUAAAAAUCGUGAUUAGAUUUGUAAAUCCGCGUACGAUUUAAUUUAUAAAGCGUUUUGUCACUAUCUCUGUAUUGAAUAACUCCAAUUUUCAUCUUAUUAACAAAAAAAAAAAGAAUUAAUAAGAGUUUUUCUGCUAAGCUAAUUAUUUCAAAUUGAUUUGUAAAAUAAAUAAAAAUUAAAACAGAAAAAAAAAUAAGUACAUUAUAAAAGUAAAAGUGUAAGAGAAACUAUUUUUUUUGAACGAAAUCAAUUUAAAAUUCUCUUAUUAAUUCUUCACGAUCAGUGAACACAGAAAUAAAAGCAAAAAAAAAAAAUAUUUUCCAAAAUUAAAAAAUUCUUACCGCCAAUGGUCAAUUCCCGCUGUCACUCAAAAGCUGUCUUAUGUAUAUAGUAUUUUAUAUAUCAUAGAAAACAAGUCGCGUCUCCGCAGGUCCGGUAAGGUGAUGUGAUAUGCACACAACACAAUGCAGAAACAGAAGGUAAUCUUUGUAACAAUUCGUGUAGCAUUGAAAAAUAGUCGACUCUAGAAAUAUUGCCGUUUAAAAAUACCGAAAGAUCUGAAAAUUAAGGAGAUAAAUGUAUAUUCUAACACUAAGCAGGUUUGAUUCUAAAGUAAAUAUGAAUAAGUAUAUUUUUUAAAAUAAUGCUUGUGCAAAAAAAUAAGGUUGUAUUUUAAGCUAAACAGCUGAACGUGGCCUUUCAGUCUUGGUCAAGACUGUUGGCUCUGUCUACCCCGCAAGGGACGAGACGUGACUCUAUGAAUGUAUGUACUUUAAGUUACUUGUAAGCUAUUAACGAGUUGCCCGAUUUCUUACGAAUUAUUAUGUACGAUAACGAAAGAAAUUAUUUUAAAUGAUAAUAGAUUUAAACUUUAUUCCGGUUUAUUCUCCAGAAAUUAAUUGAGAAAACUUUAAAAACUUUGUAGUUUUAAAAUAUGUAUAACUCAUUUAGUUUAAAUAAAAUAUUAUAUGCCUUAAAAACAUGAAUAAGAAAUAAAAAAUUCCAAAAAUGUUAUCUAAAACAGUUUCGUAACUAUAUAAAUGGUUUAGUGCCCGCAUGGUUUUAAGUUAUUGGCUACUAGAUAGUCAUUUUAUUUCUGUUAUCGAAGAUUACCUUCUGGAUACAUUUUGUUGUGGCCAAAAGACGGUUCCACCAAAACUCAGUCUUUACACGUAACUUUAAUUUCUUUUCAUCCAAAAAAUAAGUAAUUUCACGUGUUCAAGAUUUGUAGAGUAUUCCGUCGUAAAAUCCUUACCAAAAUCGUUCAAGCGCGAUAUCUUUUCAUUUUGUAGCAAUAAUAAUAUGACAUUAAAGUUAUUUCAAUAUGUCACGUCACAAGGCUGAUAUACUAGGUGUCUCCAUAAAAAUCUAUUGCUUGAAUUUCGAGGAUGGCAGCUUUUAAAAUGAAAUAAAAUAAAUAAUAAAUAUUUGACAUUUUUUGUAAAUUAUGCAGAUUAAUUCAUUCUAAUAUCGACUAAUUUGGCAGCUAGUAUUUAUUGCUAAAGUAGAGAGUGACAUAUUGAAAAGCUAUGAUAUAGUAUUAUUUUUUAUCGAAAAAAAAAAUAACUUGAAUAAUGAACGUACGAGUACAUCCCUGUCGACGCAAAAUAAUAAAAUUCGAAAAAAAUGUUUCAUUUGUAAAAUGCCUCUUAUCUAGUUCGUAGGUGUAUGUGUUUUUUUUAUGAUUUAUUAAUUUAAUGAUAGUGUUACAUCUGUUACAAUUGGUAUUUGGCGUAGUGCGGGCGCACCGGGCGACCCUGCUGGUGACUUCCGCUUUAAAAUUAGAUCUGUCAACAGAUUUACUGUUGUAUAAUGCAAAUUUUGAUAUCGGUUUAAAUUUUUAAUUCACUGCCAUUGGUUAAAAAAGGAAUUAUAAAUAUCAAAACAUUAAAAUAAAAUAAAAAAAGAACACCACAGAAAGUACUGGCCACUCAGAAUUUGCAUUAUAAACCCCCAAAAAAAUUAAAAUGAAAUUCUAUAUUUGCAAUUGGAAUCGUUCGAAUCUGGAACGCGGGCGUUUCUCACCGUCAGUGUCGCGCCGGUGCCGCCCCAGCACGGGUGUUUACGCUCGCUGGUUGGCCCGAGCUCUCCGAAAAUUAGAUAGGACGCACUGCUGUGAUAUACUCAUAGGCGUACGAUCCGCACGAUUUGUCGUACGACCCGAUUUGUGUCCGAAGCGCUUUAAAAAAAAACCCAUAAUUAUUUAUUUGCAUAAAUAUGAAAUGUUGCAAAGAAGAACAGCCUAAUUUUUGCAUGCAAACUGUAGGUAAAACUGAUUAUCACUAGGAAAAAUAUCUAAUAAAAGUGGUUGAAUUUAAAAACCGAUAUUAUUAGGGAUUGAUGAUGAAUAUCCAUUGAUAAAAUGGAUAUUGAUCAUUUGGUUUGUGACUUGCUAUGAAAUAUCAAGGUUUUACACCAUUUUAAAAACAAAAUAUUUUUUGCAUUUUUGGAUAACCUCACAUUCAAUUUCAAUGUAAUUUAAUUCGACAGCUAAAGUGUCAGAUUUUAGGGCUCCCAGGUGGAUCUAGUAAAAAUGAGCGAAUGUUACAACUGGCUUCAACGAUUAUAUCAAGAGUAACUUAUGAUUUGACUGGAUUUCGAGUGCCGGCACAUAGUGAAUGGUAUCAUGGGAAUCCUUUAAAGACUUUAAAUUUGUGAUAACAUUUGAAAAUGUAACAUUGGCUUCAAAAGUCAAUAAGAUGUCGACAAAGUCGACCGUGCUUACAAUGGGCCAGACUGAUAAGUUCGUAUUUAGGCCUUACGGCUAAAAGUCGUGAUUCUAAACCAAUAAAAGUGGGUGAUUUACGAUUCACAAAAGAAAAAAAAAUACAGAAGCUUUUAAUAGGGUUCUUUAAAAAAAUAAUUAAUUACUAAUUAUAGCGUUUUUCAUAAUUCCUUCAAAAGGAGUUUCUCAACGAUUUAAAUUUGGAAGCGUCGUCGGACACAAAUCGGUGAGAGUCGGACGCGACCGCCGGUCAUGUAUCGCGAGGAUCGUAUUUGAUGUAAAUAAAAAAAAAAGAAUUAAAUUCAAAAUUAUUUAUUUUCUAUUUUCAUAAUUAUUCUGUUUAAAUUUUUUUCGGUUCGCUGUCUCUGGAAUUUCGUAUUUUUUCCGCCUAUUGAGAGGCAGCGUUGCGGUCGCGUCCCCUGGAUAGGUUAAGUAUGGUUUGGUAAGCACCCAGUGUUUGUUUGUUUGUCCGUGCGAGUUGUUAUAGGUACAAAAAAAUAACUUUAAAAGCGAUCGUAGGUUGUAAGUAGAUUUGAAAUUAAAAAAAAAAAUUACUUAGAUAUUCCUAAGAAAAUUCAUUUAAGCGAAAUUUUGAAGGCGAGGUCUGAAUGAUAGUCAUACGGUAAUUGAUAUCUGAAAUGAAACAAUUGAAAACACAAGCCACUAACAAAAUGAAAUAAUUAAAAAAAAAUGUAUAAAAGGAGACAUGAAAUGUGUCCAUAAAACAACCAAUAACAACUCGCGACGUGCGCGAGUGUGUGUAUGUAUAUAUGUAUGUAUGUGUGCGUGCGCGGGACGCAUAGUUGUAAGAACGAUACAGCGGGCGUCGGCGCGCCUUACACUAUUUUUUUCAUGGUUUUUGAACACUAUACCGUAAUUUAUCAUUCAAAAAAGUAUCUACAAGGAAAAAAUUCUAAACAUAAUUAUUGCGAAUUUAUCAAAAAAUAAAGCGGUAUAGUGUGCAGAUACCUUUACUUCGUGUUGCAUUUCUUUCGCUCGCUAAUAGCAUCCGUCUGCCCGAACCUUUAUAUAGUAUAGGAGCUAGCCACACAAAAACACACUUGUUUGUUAAAUUAUGGAUUAAAUAUUAUUGAAGGGCAAAAUAGUAGGGAUUAAAAUUAAAUGUACGGUUUCCUUUGUUAAACUUCUAAUUUUGAAUAUUUAAUUGUGUGCUAGCUUAUAUAUUAUAUCAUACGCGUUAAGUAAACAUUAUCUAGUAUAUGUCUGUCACGCUCUUGUCUAUAAGCAGAAAGCAAGAUGCAAAUAUUGGAUCUUGUUUACUAUAAACGCAUUACUGACGUGUAACGUACCAUUUUGUAACGUGUCUAAACACGUUUUUUUUUUAAAUUAAAUCUGCAACGAAUACUGUUGAAUUAUAUUUCUCCACCACCACGAGUACGGCUUACACGUCGGUACUAAAACUAGAUUAACCUAGUUUGUAAAAUAAUAGUCGGUGAACGCGGCUCGGACACCGUCGGCUUAACACACGUACGACGUUGUGUACAUAUUUUUAUCAUUAUUUUUUUAAUAUAUAUCCUACAUAGUAGCUAGGCGUUAGGUUCUACGUUUUCGAGUCAAUAAAUUUGUAUGCGGUAAGCGAGAUUCAGUUGCUUUGCCAAUCUCGCAGCUUACCAUCAAAACGCUUUAAAAUAAGUAUCUACUCAUUGCCCAGGCGAGGCAUAGAGGUCAAUGCAGCCAUCUUUAGAUUUACCUGUAAUCAAUAAGUUUGUAUGUUUCCGUAUACGAUUGUUUUCGAGGCAACUGCGAGCCGUAGGGUGUCGGCACGUCACGCUGAACGUGGUAGAAAUUUUUUGGCCAUUCAAAUGUCUUUUUAGCAGUCAUUUAUUAGAAUCAGUCGUUGGUUUCUCAGACUACAUUAGAUUUGACACCUGCCAUGUUGAUGUAAUGAAUCUAUGCCUUAUUUAAUAAUAACCAUUUAAUACUCUGAUAAUGCAUAGUCGAUGAGAGUUCAGCUACGGUUUUUUGGACUUAACGUGGCGGCACCCUGCGCAACUGCUAAUCUGCAAUCGACAUUUUCCGAAGUUAACACUGCCGCAGCUUCGCCAUUGUGAUCCGUUUGUGAACUUUCUCAUAGAUGUAAUUAUGUUUGUUUGUAACGCGCCGCGCGGCGUGUGGCACGGCGCGCGGCGCGACUAGUUUUAUAACGACAUACCCUAGAUCCACAAACAUCUCACAAUCUGGGAAAUCGUACGUAACAGAAUGUAAACUAGUGUAUUUUUCACCUUUACGAUUAAUAGAAAUAGUAGUCGCUCGAAGCGACAGUAGGUUAAUUUACGGUACAUUCUCCUCCGAGACCACACUCUUAGCGUGGCAUUGGUGACGUCCGAUAAAGUGAAGAAUAUAGAGAAAAAAAAUACCUAUAUAAAGAUCACUUUCUAUAUAAAUAGUUGUAUAUCUGUCGGGCGCGGCGCGGCGUUAGCCAGCGGCGGCGGGGUGGGCAACCGCGACAGUUCAGUGUUCCGUACCGCUUGUCGCGAAUCGUGGCUUCAUUUUAACUAUUUAUGGUACAAAAUAUAAUUUUAGUUCCAUAGAGGUUUAAGAUCUAAGAGUUUAUAUUUAGAGGUUAGUUCGUGAAGAUUUUACACGACAUGCUUACGAAUAUGGAUCUGAAAUUGAUGAGACACAUUUUUCGGUAACAAGAAAGUAAAGCGCCAUCAAGAUUGGUGUUAUUGGUAAAUGUAUUUAAGAUCAAAGAUUCAUAUUUUUGCAUUCGUGUUAAAAUCUGAGACGACUAAAGAGCGAUCGUUUCGCGGGCUGUCGCUCGAUGCUCUAUAAACUAAAGAGAUAUAUAACUUGAAAAGUUAAUGUUAUCUAGGUCUGUCUGCAUGCCGCGAGGCUGAGGCCAUCUGUCGGCAUUAGGCAGUAGUUACGAUCGGGAUUCGCUGUGGUUUUUAUUUUCGAGAUCUCCGUUCGGUCGGGCCGGCGGUGUGGGGUCGAAAGAACGUCGAAAAAGUCAAGACACAUAUAACCAUCAAAAUUUUUGACAGAAGAUAUCUUGACAGAAAAAGUAAAAAUAGUACAGUAAUAAAUGACAUAGCUCAUACGUACUGUGAAUAAAGAUUUAAAAUUCUAUAUUUCAACAACAUAGUUGCAAAUCUCUAGUACUAGAAGUAAUCAGAUCUGGCAAGAAACGACAGUUUCGUAAAUUUCUUACGAAGACUUUAGAGAUUAUAAUAUCGUAUGGCAAUAGAUAUGACAAUAUGUGUCAAAAAACGGAUAUGUCCCGCCGGCCCCCGCGCAGUCCGAGUGGUGUCGUGCUCGUGUGCUGCCCCUGUGAUAUCCGCGGCUCGCCCAACCCGACGCAUACGCUCAUCCCCACUCCCUACACUUCGCCCUUUUGUGAUUGGCCGUUUACAAGUGCAAAAUCUGAAUCUUUAAAUUUGAGCGUGAAAAUUUUGCGCUAGCUCCCGUACUAUAAAUAUAUCUAAAAAAUAAAUCAAACUCUCAUGAAUUUGAUAUCAUUAUGUUAAGACAAAUACAAUUAAAAAUAAUUAGACAACGCGCUAGGCGCAGCUUUUCUGUUAAGACGUCGUUGACCUUCAGUUAACCUACCGAAAAAGCAAUGCUAAUCAAAUUAAUGUAUUGACGUGACUUGUAAAUGGUUACAAAGGGCCUCCCCUUACGCAUGGUUUGCGUAUUAUUGUAUUGUUUCUAAAGUUUGUCGUAUUGUUAUGUUCGGACACGGCGUGAUUGCUCUUCUCCACUUUUUUUAACCAAUAAAAAAAACUUUAAACUUCUUUAUAUGUCAACUUAAGUGUAAGAACAAAACGCGUGAGAAAAAGAUUUUUCUUUGAAACUAUCCAAAAUAUUUCUCUUCAAUCAGUUACGGUUUUUGUUAUUUUUAUUGUCCCCUUUUUAUGUGGUUAUAUUUGUCGAAUCACACAAUCACGCCGUGUGAUGCAAGCGCUGAAGUGAUAGUCAAUUAUUAUAAUAUUCAUUCGCAAAGCAAUGUCGCUCGCACACUCACAAAAACAAUUAAAUCAUCUUUUCGAUUACUUAGAAAAUAGCUCUCAAUGUUUUGACAGACUGAAUUUUCUUCAAGCUCUCGUACUAUACGUAUUUCAAAUUUAGAAUAAAAUGUAAUAGUAAUUUCCACGAAGCCAUAUUUACGUGUCAGUCUGUCCGAACAACUCAAAUGUCUAGUUUCCAGGAUAGAGUUUUAGUGUGAGUGCUGCGGCGACAGUGCUGCCACGCCGCGCCCGACUCCCUAUAAUGUUACUACAUAGGUCACUACGCGAAACUUAUAAUUAAAAAGAUCAGAGUUAUAAUAGUACGUUAGUUUUAAUUAUAUUUCUGAUAUUAAUUGAUGUUUUGCUAAAGAUAAUUUAUCAGCGUUAUGUUGUUCGCGCGGAGCCUGCGGGAAGCGUCGCAGCCCCGCGGUAUUGUUUCAACGGUCCUACUGUACUAGUGUUAUUGUGACAACGUUAGAUGGCGCUAGGCUGCAGCUGCGCUUGCGCAUCGCGGGUAUGCUGAAAAAAAAGAAGUAAUAGUCAGAUGAGAUGGUGGUUUUUCCCAUUGUUUAAUAAAGAAUUGCAGAAUAUAUUACUAAGAUUAAUUCAUACUAAUAACAUCCACUAAUACAGGUUGUUAUCCAGAUAAUAUGAAUAAUUCCGAGGCAUGCUUGAGAGACGCGAGCACAGACGCAGCAGCUCUUAGUUUGUAACUUUUAGAAAUGUUAGGGUUCUUGUGUAAUAAAUGUCAAUGACUUUGAACCAAAAUGUGCAUAUUGCAAUCAAUUUAACCAAGAAUAGUUCAAAGUAAAUCAGUUUAAAGCCUAUCUAUAACAAUCGCAGAGUUAUAGACUAAGAGCUUGAUGCGCGAUGUCGCCUGACGUGGAAAAUUGUGAAUUGAAGAUCCGCGGUUUUGAUGACAACUCCCUUAUUUUAAAAACUUAUUUUAGAUAUUUAGACCUGUAUUACUUAAUUAUAAAAAAAAAGAUUAAUUUUGACCAUUUCGUAAAUAUCACAAUAAACGAAAGUAGUAGUAGUAUUUAAUUUUUUGCCAUGUCAUAAGGACCGUGCAUCGUCGAUCUGUCAGUCAGGCGAUACCACCACAACCGCCACUAUGUAACCUUGAAAUUCAUUUCUAUUACAUAUAAGCAAUACCACAGUACCUGAAAAAUUGAAUAAAAAUUAUAAAAAAAAUGUAAUAGUACGGUAAUAUUGGUCGGAUACAAACUGGUUAUAACUUGUUAAAUCUGGUAACAGGCGGUGUUAAUGCGGACUGGGGAAGCCACAGGUUUGUGUUUAUGUUCCUUGAUUUAGGCUGUCGAGAAUGAGCGUUAAGCAAAGUAUUUCCAGAAUGAUCUACGUCGCUCGUAGGUUCUUUUGUUUUUAGUAGUCAGUUAAAGGAAGUCAGCGAGCCGAUUUUGCUCUGUUGCCGACGAGUAACGAAGCCCCAAGCACACCGGUUGGAGGCGUUUGUUCGGCUAUUUGGAGAAAGGAAGGAGUGUAAGGACCUUGAUAUUCAGUAACACCAAUGAGUCGAUAUAAACAAAGAUGCACUUAUCUCAUUUACGCAACGUAAUUUUGAGAAUGGAAUCUGAUUUUCUGGACAAUGCACUUAUCAAUGGUUCCGAUUAAGACGUUGCAUAAAAGCGAUCAGUACGUUUUUUCUUAUAUCAGAGGUCCUGGUUAGGGUAGAUGGUUAAAGGGAUCACAUGCGAGGUGAUAGAUUGUUUUUAGGAGUAGGGAGAUCAACUGAGGCGUCCUUUUAGGUCGCAUCAGUUAGGUCUUAAGAUCUAUGAGCGUGCCAUACCACGGAAAGGGUCGUGUCGUCGCCGUCCAUUUGCGGACGAGGCGGCGACGCUUCGAUUCUGAGCAGUGCGGUUACGUGAAGUACCUUUAGGUACUCUUUGUAUUAACGUCCAAGAUUUAGUUAACAAUGUGCGUUGUCGAAAACACUACUGAGAGUUUAAGGUUACGUAAUGUAUGAAAAUAUUAAUUGCUAACAGCAAUGGGGGUUAAAAAUUUUCAAUGAAGUGUCCUUUUUUCGACGGUGUUUGUAGGAGUUUUCGACAACGUAUUCUGGUAACUACACGUUGUACAGAAGACGGACGGUCGUCUGCGAUACUCUUACGUCACGGCGGACGGUUCAAUAUCAGAAGAAGAAAGAAAGAAAAAGUAAAAAAUACUGCCAAUUGAUUGUAGGUUAUACUUAAAGGAUAAUGAUUUGUAGCGUUAAACGAUUUCGAAAUAUUGUGUCCUAAAUAUUUCAUAUUUUAUGUAUAGUAUUGAUAUGCGGUAGCUCGGUUACUUUCUUGCGUUCUUUUUGAUGCGAGCCCCCGGGCUAGCUCUGGAAAGUUCGAGAGCAAUCGAGAGCCAUGUAAAUGUUUUCCUUAGGGUGAGGAUGAUGGAUACAAACUGUGUUCUGUAGGUGUACCGAAAGACAGGGCGUCGUCUAGAUAGGUUUGCACUUGGGCGGGCGUCGCGGCCGCCAUCUUGGAUUCCCGGUGGCGCGCCGCGACAUCUGUCGGUAAUUAAGGCGGACUAAGUUCGCAGGAGGAGCUAAGUUGUAAAAAAAAAUAGAUUGCAAUAUAAAUUAUGGUUGUUAGGAUUAA